UCAAUUGAUGGAAAAUUAUGUGGCACGAAGCUCGAAAGCAGGAACGUCGCAUACGCGGCCUCAUCGUAGACUACCGCAAGCGUGCUGAGCGUAGACAAUAUUUCUACGAUAAGAUCCAAGCGGACCCCACACAGUUUCUGCAAUUGCAUGGCAGACGCAGCAAAAUUUAUCUGGAUCCAGCCGUAGCGGCCGCCGGUGAUGGCGACGCAAUCAUUGUUCCCUGGCAGGGACACCAGGACAACCUCAUCGAUCGCUUUGAUGUCCGUGCGCAUCUUGACUACAUUGCGCCCGUGGCAAAAAGCACCAAUGAGUUGGGUGAAGACGAGUCGGAACUGACGGCAGAGGAGCGCCAGUUGAACUAUGAGCGUUAUCGUAUAUUGGCCCAAAAUGAUUUUCUCAAUGUGAGCGAAGACAAGUUUUUGCAUCAGUUGUAUUUAGAAGAGCAAUUCGGUGCGAACGCGCAGCUUGAGGCGGAGCGAAAUUUGGGGAAAAAAAAACAAAAGAGUAGCGGCGGAGCCACCAUUGGGUAUUCGUACGAUGAUGUCGGAGAGGUGCCAACUAUGGCAAUCGGACCACAGCCCUUUGGAUCGGCUCAGCCAACAAGCAGCAGCAGUAGCAGCACAGCUGCUCCCCCCGGUGAUAAGGCUGAAAACUCAGAUGAAUCUGACUCUGAUAUGGAUAUGGAUGUCUCCAUAGACAUUGGCAAACUGGACACAGCUCAAGCACAUGAACUAAAUGCUUGUGGACGUAAUUAUGGCAUGAAAAGCAACGACUUUUUCUCUCAUCUAACUAAAGAUGCAGACGAAGCGGAUGCGCUACGCAUUGCUCGUGAAGAGGAACAGGAAAAGAUGCUAUUAAGUGGACGUAAAUCGCGUCGAGAACGACGUGCACAAAAAGAGCGGCGCAUUGCAAACCGUCCAUUCAGCCCGCCCAGCUAUGCAGCCAAGGAAGAUCAAAGCAAAAACAAGGACAAAGACGAGGAUUCGGAAUCGAGGUCGCCUUCUCCAGCCGAGGGCGGUGGUGAAAAGAUUACGUACAUUACCUCAUUUGGUGGCGAGGAUGAGAUGCAGCCACACUCAAAGAUCACUAUCAACUUGACCAAACCUGGCCAGACUCUGGGCGAGUCAUGUAUUAAUGCCAGCAGCGGUGCAGCAUCUGCAUCUGCUUCAGUGUCAUAUGCACAAAAGGUCAAAGACAACCUAGAUAAACUAAAGCUUAUGAACGAGACGGCGAAUCGCAGUGGACGACGUCGAUCACAUAGCACCUCACGCAGUUCAAGCCGCCGGCGUAGUCGACGUCGAAGCUAUCAUCGUCGCAGUCGGACACGCAGUCGGAGACGACGUCGUUACUACUCCAGAUCGCGUUCCCAAUCUCGUACUCGGUCAAAUUCUUGGCAACGCUCACGUAGUCCAAGCUAUAGGCGAUCGCGGAAGCGCUACUCCUGUUCCUCUGGCAGUUCAAGUGCCAGCUCCUAUACAAAGUCAAGAAGGCGUCGCUCUCGAUCCCACUCGCACACAAGCCGACGCAGUCGUGCUCAUUCCAACGUUAAAAAGAUUGCAACGCCGCCAGCAACACAAAGAACUAUUUGUCUCAGCACAACAACAACAACGACAGCUAGCACCAUAUUGACAACAGCAGCGAAUGUGCCGCUCAAGCAGCUUCAUCUGCAGCAGCAGCAGCAGCAGCAACAACUACUGGCAAAGCCAACAGAUCAGACGCUGCCAGCAGUGCCUAUGAUCAGCUAUCCGUUGUCCUCGCGUGUUCUCAGUAUGACGGGAACUGCACCAGCUGUGAUUAAGUCAACGCCGGUGGUGCCACAAGUGACGGAGCCACCGCCGCCGCCAUUGAAGCGCUACUAUGGACGGAAGCGCGGUAACGAUACGUCAUCAUCGUCAGCGGAAAGUAGUGAUCCAAGCGAGGCGGAGGAAGAUGAGAGCAAACAGCCGGGCAAACCUCUGCGCGGCAGAGAUCGCGAUGACUCCGAAGAAUUGGAUGUGGAUACUGCCUCGGAGCGCUCUCAGCCGUUGAUGUCGUCAUCCAGCACGGGUAAUCAAACAGGCAAAUAUAGUUCUGCUACCGAAACCAAAGGGUCUGGACAGGCAAGCGGCAGUGGACGACCCAAUUUGCGAGAGCGGCUUAAACGCAAGAUGCAAAACCUGCUAAACAGGCAAUAUAAGGCCGACAAGCGUGCAGAGAUUGAGAAAACAGAGAGGGAGCGUCAGCUGCAGCAGGAGCGCGAAGAUGAGAUGCGCGAGCUGGCGCUUAAGUUGCGGCGAAGGCGACGAGAGUUGCGCCACAAGUACGGAACGCCGUCCAGCGGCAAGCUCUCUGACAGCGAUGUUGAUUCGGUGGACUCGGAAGCUCCGCCCCGCAUGACCAAAGCACUUGCCCAUCGCAGCAGAUCGCGCAGCGACAGUCAUAGUCGGAAUAAACGACAACGAUCACGUUCACGUAGUCGACGUAGUAUCAGCCGCGUGCAAAGGAAACGCAGGUCACGAAGUCCCAGUCGAAGCAGAAGGCAGCGAUCCCGGUCGCGAAGUAGAGGAAGCAACAGUCGCCCAGAGCGAAAACGUAGGUCACAUAGUCGACGUCGUAGUGGCAGCCGAGAACGCCGACGUUCUCGAAGUCGACGCAGCCAAUCUCAAUCACGACGACGACGCCAACGUGAGCACAGUCUAGAGAGGAUUCGUGAGCGUGACCGAUACAGGCAGCAGCAAUAUGAACGCACUCACAGUGGGCGAGAAGAGGCCCAACCUCAUGGUAGUAGCUCCAGAGGUGGAAAUCAGGGACGAGUAGUCAUAUCUGCGCCACCCAAGCUAAAGAAGCUGGUCGACUAUUAAUUUAGACCAACGUAUACUAAAAAAUAGAAAAGAGCGAUAUUAUGAUUGAUACUUUAAUUGGUUAUGUCCAUUCAUCGUUUGUUUUUAGGUUACAUGUAAAAUGUAUUUGUUGACGCUUUUGCUAUAAACAAGAUUCAAUUAAAA